GUAUUUGCCCAUAUUGGACCUAUGAAAUAUAAAGUGUUGUAUAGUUUUAAUGACGGUGUGUGUGGGUGCUAUCCCUUCAUCCAGCCCACCCCUACCACUUGGCUAAUCUUUGACCUACUUCCUCCUAUAUCUAAUUUACCUUAAGAAUCCUGGUUUCACAGUGCUCUUUAUCCUUCGAAGCUUUUCUUUUCCUUUAUUAUCUUUUUUUUUUCUUUCGUUUAGUCACAGUCAUUUAAUUUUACUACAAUGACCCAUCUGAGUGACUUUAGUUUUCUACAACGAAUGGUAUCGCUAUCAUACCUUUUCGUGUGGUACCUCUAUCGUGUUUGGACAUUGGAUCGAUUCAAGUGUCUCAGCCCGAGCCGAUUCCGACAGGGUGAACUAAAAAGUAUAGUAACGCUACUAGUACUAUUUAUGUUACCGUUUCAACUGUAUUAUGACGUUACAUCCUGUAAGAUCAAGUACGAAGAAGGAUUUGUCAGUGUGUUUGGACACAUAUUCACCAAACCCGAGAGCAUGUGGACCAAAGCAGAUCAGGAUCUUGUUAUUCCAACAGAUUAUAGCCUCUGCAUAGGAUUUUCGCUUCAAACUGGCACUCUUCUCUUGCUGCAAUGUUUCUGGAAUUACUUGGCUAAUUCCGUGGCCAAAGCCAGCUUCAUGAGUAGCAAGGAAUUCUUAUUCUACAUUGCAUGGACUUUUAUCAGUUUCAUCACUUUCCCCGUCUUGCAGUAUAACUUCUCAAGAGAUAUUUACGAUCCGACUUGGAAAGAAAUUAUGCCGGAGCUUGCAUACGGCAUUGAACUCUUCUUUGUCGCCUGUCUGGGAGUGGUGUCUCAUUUCCGUUUCCAAAAGUUGCUGAGCAACUCUCGUGAAUCCAGCAAUGCCCGUUCCAUUACUCACAAGAUCCGAUACUUCCAAGAGCUGAACCUAUUACUUGCCAUUGUCUUGUUCUUGGACGGUCUUGCCUUCAUCAUUCUCAGUGCGGACGGUUUAACUGGCAGAAAGACACUCAAUGUACACAAAUUCUCCGCGGAUUUCCUCAUCUGUAACAUCAACAUGUGCUCCGUUAUUACUUGGUUCCUUGUCAUCCUUAUUUUCCACCCCAAGCCGAACAAUGCACAGGCCGAUGCUACCAUGAACCAACCAUCACAUGAUUUCUUGUCCAACGGCAAACAUUUGGAAACCUACCCCAAUUCGCCUCCAUUGAUGAUGCAAAAUUCCCAGGCGUCCAGCGAGUACUUGCAAUACACGAAAUCCGUGGCGGUACCUAUCAACCAGCCUAGCUUCACUGAUCCUCCUGCAUUCCAAUUGGGUCCAUUGCCUCCACCACCGGAUGUGACCCAUCACAACAACUCGUUCGGUUCCACCACCCCUUCCACCGCCACCCUGGUCUCUUCGCCGAAUAUGCUACGACGUAACCGCUCCAAGGGAUCCAUUUCCGAGCGCGUAGAAUCCGUUAUUCUCGAAGAUGGCACGCAUCCCAAAUCUAUGCCAAUGCAUAAUGGUUAUGUGGAUCAAUACCCUCGUUCUGACAGCGAAUCGGGCAUUGCUGGUUUAUCGGAUCACCAUAACCAAGGCCAUCAUGACAUGCCUCCGCCGGAUAUGAUGGGUUUACAAAAUGAAGCCAUGGCAUACCACCCAAUGCAAGGUCAUCAUCACAACGGCCAAAACUGGCAAAUAUCGUUGGAUUUUGGCAACGAUGACCGCCAUGGAUCCCAGCAUAAUGACCGAUAUCAGCCCCCAGAAGAUUCAUCAUGGCUCCAUCAACAACCCCGUGGUGGCAAUAUAAAUGGUACAAGAUCAUCUUAGAUUAUCUUUUUUUUUUUUUUAUAUCAUUAUUUGAAUAACGC